UGAGGAAGCUCAGAUGUAUUUUGAUUUCUGUGCUGUUUCAUUUGUGUCUGCUAGUAUAAGGAGACCCUGCAAAAGGGUAGAUAUUCUUCCUAGCUUACUAACUGCAAAUGAUAGUUCUUUUUUCUUCUUUUUUGUUCUGAUGCUUUUCCAGCUUUACCAGCUAUGACAGAUGAAAUAAUAUAUGCCAAUCUGAAAUUUGAAAACUGCUACGAGAUGGAUACUGUCCCAGAGCCUGAAGUUCCUAAGGAAAAAGGACUUCCCACUUCAUCCCACUCUUGGUGGCCAUUAGUCCUGAUUUUGAUCACAAUAUGCCUGGCAUUGUUGAUGGGGCUGAUGACUCUGGCAAUUUUAUUUUCCCAAGGUUCCAAGGAUUACAGGACACAGAUUAGAGACCUCAACAUAACAAAGAAUGAUCUGCAUGCAAAUUUCUCAAAAAUGCUGCAAGCAAUUGGAAGUCAGCUGUGCUUGGGAGGAAGUAAAGAUCUUCAAAAUAAUGAUCUGAACUGUGUGCUCUGCCCUACAAACUGGAAGUGGCCAGGUGAUGGUGAUAUGUGUUACUACCACUCUACUGAACAGAAGACAUGGCAACAGAGUCUUUGGUUUUGUUCCUCACAAAACUCUACUCUUCUGCUGGUAAAAGAUAUGGCAAAGCUGGAACUGGUUAAAAAAAUUCCUAAAAAAACAUUCUGGAUUGGAUUAUCAUUUAGAGCUGAUAAGAAAGGCUGGUUCUGGGCAGACAACACAACUGUUACAGAAGAACAAAAGUCUUGGACAAAUAAUUUACAACUUCCCCUCCUCUGCGGAUAUAUUUACAAUCAUGUCAUAUACAGCCAUGUAUGUGAAGCAGUUGAUUACUAUGUCUGUGAAAAGCCUGCCAUCCAGUUGCAGCGACGUAACAACCACCAGCAAGAGGAAUGGUUUGUCAGAUUUUUUCAGGUUCCCAAGGAUUCUGCAGAAGGAAAGAAGCUGCAGGAAAUGAGGGAAGCAUUGUGUUCCGAAGGGAAAGAGAACAAUGAAACAAAAUGUGCUCUCUGUCCAGCAAGCUGGCAAAGCAGUGGAGCUGACAGCUGCUUCUACAUUUCAAAGCAGAAGAAAACAUGGAAGGAAAGCCAGGAGUUCUGUUCCUCUAGAAACUCUACUCUUCUUGUGCUGAAAGAUAAAGCAAAGAUGGUCUCUCUGCCACAGGAUUCACAGUUUUAUUGGGUUGGAUUAUCAUACAUCUCUGAAAGAAAUGGCUGGUACUGGGAAGAUGGAACAGCUCUCUCAAGAGAAGCCAAAACUUGGACAGUGUUAUAUGAACACAUCUUCUGUGCUUCCUUAUAUGGACGGAUUAUUUAUGCCAGUAACUCCUGUUUGACAAAGCAAUUCUGGAUUUGUGAGAAAGGUGCUAUUCAUUUUGCCUGAAGAAGCACUGCAAGUAGGGA